AUGAGUUUAAAAAGUCUAAAGAUUAAAGAAAUAGAUUAAUAAUAUCAGAUUAGCAAGUAAUCUAUUAGACUAUCAGAUAAUGAGUAUUAAAGUUCAAAUGGAUUUCGAUAUGGUUUAUGGUCUAGAUAUAAUCCUUUGACUUAAAUUACUUAAUUGGGUAUUAUUAAUUAAUUUGAAAGCAAUUGCUUACUUUUACAUAGUGCAGUUGAAGAAAAGACUUAUUCACUUAACUUUUUAUAUUCUGAUUGUUUAGAUUACGCAAAUAAAAAAAUUAAAAAAAAAAUUGCUUUUAUAGAUAAUAAUAAUGAAGAACAUAUUUUUGAAGAGAAAGUAGAUAUUUUUGAAUAUGAGAAUGUUUGGUAUUUUUUUUGUAUUUUUUAAUUGCCACAAUAACAAAAAUUAGAACUAAUUAUUAUUGGUAAUAAAAUAACCAUACUCCAUUAAUAUUUAGAAAUAAAACGGCCUUUUUAAGAUACUAACCUCUUAAUGACUUUUGGGGAUAGUAUGAUUGUAGGUCUAUCAAAAGUUCCAUCUAUUUAAUCUGGAACUAAAUUUACUUAUUUUCCAGGCUAAUUGAUUCUUUAUGAAUAUACAGUUAUAGAGAAUUUAGAUGACAUAAAUUAUGAUUAAUUAGCUAACGAAACCUUAUAACCAUUUUUAAGUUGUAAAUGUAAACCUAACUUAAUUUAUACUUUAAAUGAUUUAGAUAUCAAUUAUUUAUAAAAUUAGAUUUUUGUAUCAGAAAAUAUCAAUUGUAAUUCAUUUACUUUAUCUGGAUGGCUGAAAAUUACAGAUAUAAUUUAGAAAUAGGAUGAAUUUAUGUAUCAAUUAUUGAUUCUAACGUCUAAUUUCUAAAACUCUUUAGCAGAUAUAAAUUUAUCUCCAUUAUCUUUAUCUUAUAGGAUUUCAUCAAUUAAAAAUUAAAUAAUUGUUUCAACUUACAGUUAUACAUUUCCAAUAGUAACAAUAGAUUUUUCUGAUAAUCCAUUUCUAAUUAAAAAAGAAUUGGAAAUUGAUAAUCCAAUAACUCUUUGGCAUAAUAUUUAUGUUAAAUUAUAAGAAGAUUAUUUAACGAUAGAAAUAAAAUUCUAUGAUGAGAAUUAAAUUUAUAUUUAUAAAUCAGAAAUUAAAGUAAUCUAAUUUAAAAGAACAUAAUUUAAAUUAUAAUAUGGUAAUAAUUUAUAAUUGGCAUCCAAUUAUUUAAAUGUAUAACUAAGAAAUAUAAAAUUUUAUAAUUGUGAAAUUUAAAUAAUUUAAUAAAAUUGUCAUUAUAGUUGUAAAGAUUGUGAUGGUCCUACUAAAAAUAAUUGUUUAUCUUGUGAUAAAACAUCUUCUAGAAUUUAUUUACCAUAAUUCAAAGCUUGUGUAUGUCCAAUAAAUACAAUAGAUAAAGAAUAUUGUUUAUCCUAUUCAGAUUAUAAUCUAGAAUUAGUUAUUGAUAUAAAUAUGAAACAAAAGUGUAAAUAUGGAUAUUUUGAAUAUCUUGAUAAUUGUUUUUAAUGGUAAUUUCUCAAUAUGAAUUAGCCCUUCCAUUAUUACAGAAAACUUAGUAACUUGUUUAGAAUGUGUAUAAAAUCCUAAAAAAUGGAUAUAAGAUCCAUAAUGUGAUAAGACUUUAUUUUUAGAUAAGAAUGGAGAUGUAUAAAGAAUUUAUUCAGAUUAAAUACCUAAAUAUUUCCAAUUUGAUGGAAUGGAUCUGAUUUAUUGUAAAGACUGUAACUAAAAUUAUUCCUUUAUUCUCAAUGAUUAUAUGUAAGAUAUAUCUAAAAUUAAAAUUAUAUCUUAUAAGUAUUUCUGUUAUAGUGUUAUACCAAAUUGUGAACAAUGUAUAUAUACUAUAUAUGGAAAUAUUUGUUAUUAAUGCUAUUAUGAAUAUGUACUGAUUAAUGGUGCUUGUACUUAAUUGAAAAACACAGAAGUAAAAUACUGUAUCGCUCCAUAUUAUUUAACAUUAAAUAAAUAAUGUAAAUUAUGUUCUAUUAGUUUUUGCAAAUAUUGUUUUGAAUUCUUGUUGAAUGAUUAAAAUAUAUGUACAUUAUAUGGUGAAUUUUAAUAUGAAGAUUAAGAUGAAGAAAGAAUUGUUGGAUGUGCUUUAUGUGAAGAAAAUUAUAUUUAUGAUUUUGAUAUUGGUAAAUGUUUAUUUUAGAAACCCAAUAUAUAAAAUUGUUUAAGAUCUUAUAUUAAAGAUAAUCAAGAAAUAUGCACUUUAUCAUUAAUAGAUGAUUUUAAUAUUGCUUCUGAAAUAGUAGAAUGUUAAAAAUAUUAACCUAAUUGUUUAUAAUGUAUUUUAUCUCCUGAAUCUUAAAUAAAAUGUGUUAUUUGUGAUUUAGGAUACACAGCUUCAAUUAAAAAUGGAGGUUGUUAUUAAACAGAUUAUUUUUCAACAGCAUCAGCAAAAAUAGUAACAGAAGGUUCUUUUUUACUAAAGAAUGGUUGGACUUAAUUAAUUCAAAGUUUUAUGAUGAAAUUUUAGCCUAUUUAAUAUUUUUCUAAUAGAUUUCCUAUUUUAGAUAUUCAAGAAUAAAUAGUUGAAUGUAUUGAUGGUUUUUAACUUGUUGAAUUUGUAUGUAGAAAAUUUUGUGAUUCUAAUUGUUAAAAAUGUGAUUAUAAUUAUUAAGAUGGUUUUAUUUGUGAUAAGUGUCCCUUGAAUUAUUAUUUCUAACCUAAUAGAUAUUAAUUUGAAGGCUCUUGUUCUUAAUGCCCUAAUUUAUGUUAAGCAUGUUAAAUACGAUCAGAAUAAGAAAUAUAUGUAAUUAUAUAUUUUAUUUUAGACUUAAAAACCUAAUUUCUCAAUUGAUAAUUAUGAUAAUCAUUAAUUUACUAAAAAAUGUUUCAAAUAAGUUUCUGAUCCUAAUAUAUAAUUAGAUCCUUAUGAUUAAAUUGCAAGAUAUUGUUUUGAUGAAUUUUGUUCUUCGACUUUCUUACAUAAAAUUCAAUAUGAUUAUUGUGAAUUGAUCGAUUCACAUUGGGAAAAAGAAAUUUAAAUUUAAUAUUUGAAUUAUAUUGGAGUUCAUACUAUAAUUAUUUAAUUUAACUUUACUAGUUCAUUACCCUGUUAUUUUGUCAACCAAUUGUUAAAAACAACAUUAAAAACUAAAAUAUUUUCACUUAAAAAAGUUUAAUUCAUUAUUACUUCAGAAAUUAACUUAAUUUAUUAAACCAAUGCACCAAUAAUUAUUUAAAAUAUUGAUAAUUUAGUUAUUGCUAAUCUUAUUUAAAAAAGAAUGGAAAAUGAUGACUUUUUAAUUCUAAACUAUAAUAACUCAAUAGAUUUAAAAUUAGUUAAUUUUACAAUAAUUGAUAGUAUUAUUCAUAAUACUGAAUCUUGCUUUUAAACUUCAUCUUUUGGUGAUAUUUAACUUAAUAAUUUAACAAUCCUUAACACAAGGAUUGAAAAUUCAUCUUUGUUAAGUUUAGAAAUGUCAAAAAUUAAUGGAAUUAUUAAAAUUCAUGUAUUACAAAUAACAAAUUCUAUUUUAAUUAAUUCUAAUUUAUUUUAGUUUACAAAUAAUUAAAUCUUCUUAUAAGUUGAAUAUAUUUAAAUUGAAAAUUGUAUAUUUUAAAAUUCUACAAUUUUAUUUGCUGAACCUAAUUUUGAUUAAUUAAAUCAAAUAACAUUUAAGAAUAUAACCAUAAAAUAAUGUUAAUUUUAAAAUUCCAACUUUAUUAGUUGUUUUGGAUAGACAAUUCUAUCAAUAAUAAAUAUCAAUUUAUUUACAAAUGAUAUAUAAAUGUCAAGCUUAAUCAAUGCAAAUUAUAAUCUAUCCAUAGAUUAUUUUUAUGCAUCUGAUAAUAAUCUAAAAGAGUCAUAAUUAAUUACAAUUCUUGAGAAAAAUUAUAACUCACUUAUUUCUAUAAGAAUUAAUAAUUUUAAUAUAUAAUAGUUUUAAAUGUAAAACUCAAAUUUUUUAAAAAUGUAAUCAAGCUAAGAAUCAAGUAAUGUAAUUUUUAAAAUGACAAAAUUCUAUUUAAAAGAAAUAAUAAGUCCUUCUAAUUAUGGAUUCACUCCAUUUUUAUUUAUUAUUAAAUGCUACUAACUCAUAUCAAAAGAUAUUUAAUUUUUUAAUUUGAAUAAUAUUUUCAUUUUUUAUAUAUAUGAUAGUAAUCAAAUUGUAAUUUAGAAUAUAAUCUAUGAAUAAUAAUAUUAAAAGUAAAAAAUACAAUUAGAUUAAAUUUGCAAAAUGAAUAUCCUAGAAAAAAAUUAACUACUAAAAAUAAUGAACUUUAAUUCCUUUAAAAUUUAAAACUUAUUGGUUUUAAAUUAAUUUACUGUUGAUGAAUCUAUAUUGCAUUUAUCUCCAAAAUAAAUCGAAUUAACCUCAGUAAAUAGUACUAUACAAAUUAUGGAUAUUAUAUUUAAAGGAAACUUAUUAUUACAUUAAUAAUCAGAAAAAUCUUUUUCCCUUUUAGCAAUAGAUUCAGAAAGAAAUAUAGAAAUCUAAAUAAAUAAUAUUUAAUUUUUUGAAAAUAUUUUUCAUUCAUAAAUAGAUGAUACAUUUGUAUCUUAUGCAUCAUUAAUUUUUAUUAAUUCUUAAAGUAGCAUAGUGGAAAUAUUAAAUUUAUUAUCUUAACAUAAUGCAUUUACAAAUUCAUCUAAUUCUUUUAUCUACAUAAAUUCAUUAAAUGUAACAUUUCGUAAUUAUAAUGUUUAAAAUCAUAAUGAUUUAACCAUAAAUUUAUUAUAGAAAUAUUAUAAUUUAGAGUUGAAUGAAUAAUUAGAGAGCAGUAGAUUAAAAUAAUUAAUUUUUGAAAUAUUUAAUAUAAAAAAUAUUGGUGGAGCUGCUAAAAUAAAAACAUCUACAUUUAUAUGUUAAUAUUGUAAUUUUGAAAAUAUUCUUGCAUUUAAAAGUGGGAUUUUUGAAAUCAUUACAGAAAAUAAAGGAAUAAUAAAAUUAAUUGAAAUUACAGCAAAUAAUAUAUCAACAGAUUUAUAUUAAGUAUCAAAUACAACAGGUUCCAUAAGUAUCAAUUCAUAAAAUAGUAUUCUAAAUCUAGAAAUUUCUGAUUCAAGUUUUAAAAAUAUUUUUAAUAGAAUGUCUUCAUCAAUACUUACAAUUUAACCUUCUAAUAUCUAAAAUAUAAUUGUUUUAUUUAAUAUUUAAAUUGAAAGUUGUAUAUCAUUGAUGAAUUAAAUUCUUUAUGUUUAAUUUUCUAAAAAAAUUGUUGAAAAAAAUAAAUUAUUAUUUAAGAACAUUAAAAUAUCAUAAAAUGAGGAAUAAUGGAAAUAUUUUUUUUUUUAAAUAGGAGUUUUGAGUAAAAAUGAAUAAUUAAGUAUUUCAAGUAGUGAAAACUCUGAGAUAUAUUUAGAGAAUUGUUAAGUUUCAGUAAAAAAUGUAAUUUUCUAGGGAUUUUAUAUAUCACCAAUCAUGAUAUUUAUUAAUUCACCAUAAUUAAUAUUAAAGAAUCUGUAAUUGAGAUAAAUUUAAGUAUUUUACACUUUUACUUUAAUAAAAAUAAUUUAAAACAUGAAUUUACCAUCAUAAGUAAAUAUCUAAAAAUUGAGAAUUGAUAGUUCUUAAAUAUAUUCAGCAGAGGAUAAUAAAAUUGAAUAUAACAAUUAAAUAUAUUUUAGAAUAGGAUGUAAUUAAUUUUCAACUAAAUUGUCUAUAGAUAGAUCAAGUUAUUAUUUAAGAGAUGUUUUUAAAUCUAUAUAAUAAGAUUUGUCAGAUUUAACAUCAUUGAUAUCUAUAUAAAGUUCUUCAGAUGUACAUUAGUUUACUUUUAAUUAAUUACAUUUAAUUUAAAACAAUUGCACUUUUUGUAACGAUGGAUUAUUUUCUUUAAAUUUCUUUUCAUUUAAAUAUGUUAAAAUUGUAGAUUUUAUUUGUAAUUAUAACUUUGUUUAAUAGUAUGGAUGUAUAAAGUUUAUUACUCAAAAUAAUAUAUCUUAAAUAGUUUAAAUGAAGAAUUUGAUUAUUAUUAAAAAUGAAGGUAGUUAAGGAAUAGCAUUAUCUUCUUUUAAAGUGCCUAUUAUUAUAAAAUAAUGUCAAAUUCUAUUUAAUAAUGCUAGUAAUUUAGGUGGAGGUUUAUAUUUGGAACUAAAUAGUAGUUAAUUUAUUAUUGAAAAAUGUAAUAUAAUAUUAAAUAAAGCAAGAGAGGGUGGAGGUAUUUAUUUUAAUGAAGAUAGUAAUAUAAAUGUUUAAAAUUUUAAACAAAAUUAUUUAAUAUUUAAUCAAGCUUCUUUAUAUGGAAAUAAUCUUGUAGAAAAUCCAACUCAUUUAACUUUAUUUAUAAAUUCAUUAGAAAUGCCAUCAAUAAUUAAAAAUACUGAAUAAUUAUCAAUUCAUAAAUUAAAUUUAUAACCUUAUAUAACUAUUGAAUAAGAAAAGAAAAUAAAAUCAAAAUAUUUAAUGAUUCCAAGUAAUUAGAUUAUAUCUGAAUUUAGUAUUUGUUUACCUAAAACUUCAUAAACUUUAAUUUAAAUCAAUAAAUUAGCUUUAAUGUUUAAGAAUAGCCUAAAUGAAUAACUCUUUUAUCUUGGAAAUUCUUUUUGUCUUGUUAAAAAUAAAAUUGUGAAAUUCGAUCGUACAGAAAUAAAUGGAUAUUUGAAAAAGAAUUCAUUAUUAUUUGAUAUUAAUUAAAAUAAUUUUGAUUUAACUUAACUUACUUUUUAAUUUGAUCCUUAUAACUAAGAUUAUCAUUAUUUAGAUAUUUAAUUAAAUUGUCAAACAGAAAUAUAAUAAAAUUUUAUAGAAUAUAACAUCUAAGCAUAAAGUUACAAAUGUUAAUUAGGAGAAUUUUAUGUUGACUUUGGUUGUUAAAAAUGCCUUCCAAUUUAAGGUUUUUAUUCUGUAACUUAUGAUACAAUUAAAUGUUCAAUAUUUGAUAAAGAGAAAUUCUUAGAGAUUUAAUAAAAUGCUAUAAAUUUAAAAAAAGGAUAUUGGAGGCCAAAUUAUCUAUCUGAUUAUUCUACAUUAUGUUUUAAAAAUACAGAAAAUUGUAAUGGAAGUUGGAAAGUAGGAGAUAAAAGUUGUAAUGAAGGACAUAUUGGUGCAUUAUGUGAAGAAUGUGAUAUUUAUAAUAUUAUGGGAUUUGGAAGAUAUUUUAAAAGUUAAUCUAAUUCUGAUUGUUUUAUAUGUGAUGGAGUUUUAGAUAGUAUUAUUCCUUUUAUCUUAAAUACAAUAUGGUAAAUUCAUCAUUUAUUUUAGGGCUAUCUUAUCAAUUAUUAUAACUCUAAAAAGUAUUGAAAGAUCUAAUGAACUAUUUUUAUUAUUCAAAAUAAAAGAAAGAUUUAGUAAAAUAUUAUUUAAAUUAAAUUAAGGUAUUUAAAAUUACUAUUCUAGAUCUUUAAAGUAUCUUAAUGAAAAUGUUUUUAACUUAUUUGUGGAUAUUUUCAGUAAUAUUCACAUUUAAUACAAGUUUUUCAUUUUAAUUAAACUUUAUAAAUUAAGCUAGUAAUACUUCAUAUUCUAUGGCAAACAAUUUAGAUUGUUAUUUAUCUGAAAUAUAAAAUAUUGAAUUAAUCUAUUUCAAAGUUAUUAUAAUCAUAAUUUUAAUAUUAUGGUAAUUUACUUUAAUUUUUAUUGGAUAUAUACUAUUUUCAAUUACUACAAAAUCAAAAUUUAAACUUAGUAUUAUUACAAAUACUUUACUUUGUCUUUAUAUUUUUAAUUUUGCAGGAAUUAUUAAAAUGUACACUAUUUAAAUUAUUAAUUAUUUAGUUUAUGUUCUUUAGUAUCUAUAAGAGAAAUAUCAAAAUUUUAAUAUAUUUAAGGAGAUUUAACUAGAUUAUUUUAUUCUUAAAUUCAUCUAUUAUGGAUAUUUUAUUUAGUGCUUCCAGGAUUAAUAAUUUUUGGAUGUGCAAUCCCAUUCUCAUUAUUUAUGUUAAUGUACAUUAAACGUAAAUCUCUAAACUAAUCUAAAUUAAGACCUCACAUCUGUUAUCUUUUUAAUGAAUAUGAAUAGAACUGUUACUUUUGGGAAUAAAUUAAAUUAAGUAAAAAAGCUAUUAUAAUUCUAUUUUUAACUUAUUUUGAAACUAGUAUUACUUUAAAAGCAUCUUUAAUUGGAAUGACUUUGUUAUUAUACUAAUAAUUAGCAUUUAAAAAUAGACCUUAUAUACAUACUAAUCUUAAUAAAUUAGAUUUAUAAACUGGAUAAAUUUGUUCUGUCGCAAUUUUCCUAGCUGCCAUUUAAUAUGAAAAUGAAACAUACAAUUACAAUUUCUCUUCAAUUUUACUUUAAAUUUUAAUAAUUUUCUUAUUCAUUAUGCUUUCGUAUAUAUUUAUUUUUAGUAUUGCAACCAUUUAUUUUAAGAAACAUAAAUUUAUUUUAAUUAAAUACUUACAUUUAAUUCUUAAAGUUAUGAAAAUGAAGAAAAGCUCAUAAAAAUUUUAUGAUCUUUUGAACUAAAAAUUAAAAUAAAAUCAAAAAUUAAAAGAAAAUAUAGCUAAAUUAAAAAAAUAUCUUAUGUUGGUUUCAAAAUCAUAAAUAAAACAUAGAUCGUAUUUAAUAUUAUAUUCUUAGCAUUAUUCUCUCUUCAAUUAUUUCCGUACCAACUCACAAUUCAAGACUUUUGAGUGCAGAACUUACAGAAUAGCAUUAUAUGAUAACCAAAAGAAUGAAUGAAUUUUGA